AUGAAACAGGUGGUCGAGGUUCCGCUUGUUAGCACCGCAAAAACGCAGUUUUGGGCUUGCGUGGAAACUGACGACAACAAGUAUACGUCUUUUUCUCUCGUGAGCCGUCCCAACGAGUACGGGGAUGCUUCUUUAGAUCCGCAACUAACGCGGGGUCAGAAGGACAUCUUGAUAGUCGACUCGAUAAAAUCAGGCACUGGAAGAGACUCGCGGAACAACUUUGGGAAGAAUGUUUUGGAGCCGCUUUUUACCCUUCUGGGUAUCCCGCAUAAAGUGGUCAGGACUCAAGACAGCGACGCCGCUGGACAAUUAGGUCACACUUUUCAGCCAUCCACUGAAAACACAAUUUUAAUAUUUCUGUCAGGCGACACCACUAUCUCAGAGUUUCUCAAUGGCCUCAAUCGAAGGGUUUUUGAAGGAUUAAGGCACACUCUGAGUCUCGUGCCCCUUCCACUUGGAACUGGAAAUGCAUGGGCGAACUCAUUGGGGCUUCGCUGUCCCGCAGCCUCGCUUUCAUGUUUCCUCCAAGGCCAGUUGACACCCCGAAAGUUCCCGCUUUACAAAGCGACAUUCCCAAACGGUUUUGAAAUGAUCUUUUUCAUAAUCCUAUCAAUCGGCUUCCACGCAAACCUGCUUCACCUAUGUAAACAACAGCGUUUCCAGUCCCUCGGGGUCGAGAGGUUUAAAAUUGCUAGCCUGGAAAUUCUCCAGAAAUACCCUUUGGAAUAUCGGCUGCAAGUCUCGGGCUUGCCUACACGCGAUUACUCAUACUUUGCUCUAAUUAAUACACCCAACUUGGAAGCAAGCUACAAGCCCUCCCCGCAAUCGAACUCACUACAUUUCCAGCUGCACGUUCUUGGGUACUCUUCUAAAUUGCAGCAAGCCUCUUUGGUUAGCAAAAUCAUGAAAGGUUAUUCAAAUCGAGCGGGAGAUGAUAUUAGCGGGGAUGGAGUAAUAUAUGAGCCUUACAAUCAUGCUUUAGAGGUUGUAUUUGACCAAGUACCAGAAAAUGUCUCUAACACUUACUUUGAGAUAUGCUGCGACGGACAUUUAUUGAAUAUGUUGUCUCUACAGCCACAGGACCAGAAGUUUGACGGCCGUAUCCGCAUUCAAUUUCUCAAGAAUUUUUCGUCUUUUGAGUUAAAUGUUAUGGUACCUUAA